UCCGAGAUUUGUCUCCCGCUCUUCCUUGUAGUCCUGACACUUUGUAUUCCACAGCGUAUACAACAGAGCAUCAAUACGCUGUUCAUCGUGGGCAUGUCAAAGUGGCUGACAUGACUGGAGUGGACGAGAGGAGCUUAUCGUCGCCUGCUAACGCAUCCCUGGCUGGCUGGCAUGCAUCUCGAUGCACCGGUCGCUGGCCUUCUCCCCACUCCGUGUGUAUUACUGGAAGGUGCGAACCAACCACCCCAGAUGCUCUGCGUCCCAUACGCUGUGCUCCAUGAUCUCGCCCAGUCUACGCAUUUCAACCUGCCAGCAGAGACUCCUUCCAUCAACCAUCACUUAGAGGUUGUGGCUGCUUUGUCUUCUCUCAUCGCUAGUAACCUGUCAGAAGGUGGGGGUCCCAUCCGACGGCUAAUCCUGGAAUGCUGGAAUAUUGCCUGCGUCGAUCGCAUAUGCUCCUCCGUUCACACCAACGUCUGGACCAUCCAAACCGAUACCGUGCAUGCAGGCGCAGAACUCGUACAAACCGUGCACCCCGCACAGAAUCAAAUGUCCCUCACCGCUUUCUAUGAGUUCUUUUUGGCCGCCUUGCCUAGAGAUGGUGCCCAAUCCCAGCAUGUUGCUUGCCGAGGUCGCAUAUACUCACUCGUUCCCACUUACACCUGGACCAUCCAUACCGACACCGAUCGCACAAACGCGGAACUCGUCUACCACGUUCACUCUGAUCACCCUGAUCACCCUGUCCAACCCGCUCACUCCGUCCACCCUGCAGAGAACCAAACAUGCAACAUUCCCCUUACCCACCACCCCCGGCACUAA